AUGCCUGACACAAGAUCUCUUUUGUCACUAGCCGACAAAGUCACUGAUGCAGCUGGGAACCCAAGCCUUGUGCAGCAGCGGCAGGGAAGGGAAGUUUGCUACAAAAGGCUUGGAUGCUUUACAGAUAGCCCCCCUUGGUCUGGGAUCCCAGGGAGAGAACUUGCAGGCUUGCCCAGCUCUCCGGAAGCUGUGAACACCAAUUUCCUCCUUUACACUAGAGACAACAUCAUGAAAUAUCAAAAAAUUUCUGCUACAAAUGCUUCAACUAUCAAAGCUUCAAAUUUCCGAACGCACAGGAAAACUCGCUUCAUUAUACAUGGCCAUCUUGCUGGAGCAGACCUCCCCUGGAUAACAAACAUAUGCAGGUUCAUGUUUCACACUGAAGACGUGAACUGCAUUUUGACUGACUGGAGAGGUGGCUCUAGUGGUUUGUACACCGAAGCAGUUAACAACGUCCGCAUUGUGGGGGCUGAGUUGGUAUAUCUGGUGAACCUUCUUGAGAAAGAGUAUGGCUACUCUCCUGCCAACAUUCAUUUCAUCGGCCAUAGUCUUGGAGCACAUGCUGCAGGGGAGGCAGGGAGAAGGAAACCUGGCAUUGGAAGAAUAACAGGUUUGGAUCCAGCUGGGCCCCUUUUCCAGAAUACUCCCACAAGGGUUAGGCUGGAUCCUUCAGAUGCAAAAUUUGUUGAUAUAAUUCAUACUCACGCUGGUCAUCUUUUCUUUGACUUUGCUCCAGGAAUUCUUCAGACUUGUGGCCACCUGGAUUUUUACCCAAAUGGUGGGAAGAAGAUGCCAGGAUGCAAGCAGCUUCGUGUACCUCCUGCAACUCAGAAUAUCAAUGAUCUUAUGAGAGAAUAUAGAUCUAUUGGAUGUGGACAUAAAAGAAGUCUCCGGUAUUAUGCUGAGAGUAUUAUCACUCCCAAUGGAUUUGUUGGGUAUCAGUGUGAAACAUACCGAGCUUUUGUAUUGGUCUGUGUUCUGCGGCUGUGGAACCGUGCAGCCGAGCACGUGGCAAGCCCUGGCGCUUUGCUAAGGCUCGGCGAGGAAUGCUGCGGUUGUCCGUUGUGGCAACCCUCACCAUCUGGAAGAGGACACUUCUUCAGUCAGCAGCAAACUAUUAACAAGGCUCCUUCAAUAGAUUAUGAAAAAUUUGCCCAGCCCACUACAAAAGCUCUAUUUCCAAAUUAG